AUGCCCGCCAACAUGUCGAUGGUCCCUUAUAAUGGGGGAAACCUUGAUGUUGUUCUACGGCACAAUGAAUCAGUGGUUGUCUUCGAUCACGACUCCCAACAGCUCGCUCUCCGCAACACGUCAGAUACCGACCAUGGAGACAUGGAGCUAGCUAACUGCCCCUUCUGCCAUCGACCCAUGCGUGACAGCAGCAGGGGACGACACCAGGGACAUGAAGAACCCGAAGGCGAAUUCGUCAACCCAAAUUACUUCCGCAUGCUCAACAAUAGCCUCCCCGGCUCCGCAAGCUCCUCGAGUCCUCCUUCUCCACGCCGCCGCCUCGUUCAACCUGUCCUACCCGGUGGUCAUAUACGUGAAUCACCCGUCCAACCCACCCCAUCACCCCAGGGUAUCUCAUCCGCAGCUUUUAGUCCAGAUUAUUUCAAGAGAUUCUUUGUCGAGGAACGUGUUUUGGGAAAAGGUGGAAAGGGUGUGGUGUUACUGGUGAAACAUAUGCUGGACGGUGUCUCACUUGGCCACUAUGCCUGCAAGCGAGUGCCGGUAGGCGAUGAUCACGAGUGGUUGGAGAAGGUUCUGGGUGAAGUACAGCUUUUGCAGCAUCUUUCACACCAGAACCUUGUUUCGUACCGUCAUGUUUGGCUCGAGAAUACGAAGAUCAGCACUUUUGGCCCCAGUGUCGCCUGCGCAUUUAUCUUGCAACAAUACUGCAAUGCGGGCGAUUUGCAUGACUAUAUCUGUGGCUCUGUCCAGACAUCGACCACUGCCCAACAAUUAAAAGAUCGCCUUCGACGAAAGUCUAAAGGAGAGCCGGAGCCCCGAAGCGAUAAGGGAGGACCCCGCAAACUUCAGCUGGAUGAAAUCUAUUCGUUCUUCCGUGACAUUACCUCUGGGUUACGCUAUCUACAUGCCAGUGGAUAUAUUCAUCGUGACCUAAAACCAAACAACUGUCUCCUUCAUGAAACUGGUGAUGGCAUCAGAGUGCUUGUCAGUGACUUUGGUGAGGUCCAACAGCAAAAUGCGAUACGCAAGUCAACCGGCGCAACCGGUACGCUCUCUUACUGCGCACCUGAGGUUCUUCGUCAGGAAUAUCCCGAUGGACCGUUUGGAAAUUUCACUUUCAAAUCCGAUAUUUUCUCCCUUGGCAUGAUUCUUUACUUUUUAUGUUUUGCGGCUCUUCCGUACGCAAACGCCGAUAUCAUCAAUGAAGAAAAAGAGGAUCUAGAUCAGCUUCGUGCUGAAAUUACCAGCUGGGCUGGAUUUGACCACGCUCGAGCUAUCCGCCCUGAUCUACCCGAAAAGCUCUACAGGUUCCUGGAGCGCUUACUCUCCAUUGAUCCUGCCCGAAGACCAUCCGCCGAAGAAGUCCUCAAUGGCAUUCAAGUCGGAGCCAAUGCAAACGACAACUUCCGCUUCAGAAAGGCCAGCUCCGGGAGCUCGGGGGGCCAGGACAUUCCCGGCACUCGAAUCCACCCACUGGAAAGCCCGCGGCCAUCAGUAGACCGAGCCCUCUCUCCCGUCAAAAAGCUCCCCCGGAAUCCGAUAUCUUUCCGGCGCGACUCGAUGACUGACUCCAGUCCAUUCAGAAGCAAUACAGCACCAGUGUCUGACUCUAGUCCAGUCGAGGGUCCACCUCUUAGUCCCGAUCGAGACAUGAUUAUUCGGCACCGACAUUCUACUUCACCACCCAUGUGUCCCACACACCACUCACAAGAACCAUCGUUGCCUCCCCAACCUCAACCUCAAACUAUUCCUCAGCAUCAUCUCCUCCCGCCACCUCCAAGUCGCUUCCCUCUGCUCAACUCCUUGAUCUCUUUCACUUCAUCCUUGCCUAUGAUCCAGCUUCUCCUCUUUCUUGCCAAGGUUGCAUCGCUUCUACAUCCCUGCUCGCCACGAGCAGUAAACCCCUGGAUCCUUUACCCUCUUCUCUUUUGUGCAGCAUUGGCCCUAAAAGUACGCAGCAUUCAAGCGCAGUCUAUUGCUGCAGUUGCACACCUGUUUGUUGUCGGCCUUUGUUUCCGUCUAGGUGCUCUUUGCGCUUGGCAUCGGAACUGA